GCGACGCGGCCCGGCCGGAUGGGGGCGAGCCGGCCAUGGAGGACGAGCAGAGCUUCUUGGAUAUCUGUGGCGGCCGCCUGACCCUGCAGCGCCGCUACUACUCCCCCUCCUGUCGGGAGUUCUGCCUCAGCUGCCCCCGGCUCUCGCUGCGAUCGCUCACCACUGUCACCUGCACCGUGUGGCUAGUGGCCUACGGGCUCUUCACCCUCUGCGAGAACAGCAUGAUACUCUCUGCUGCCAUCUUCAUCACUCUCUUAGGCCUGCUUGGCUACCUCCAUUUUGUGAAGAUUGAUCAAGAGACUCUGUUAAUCAUUGAUUCCCUUGGCAUCCAGAUGACUUCUUCCUAUUCAUCAGGCAAAGAAAGUACCACCUUCAUUGAGAUGAGCAAAGUGAAGGAUAUCGUCAUUAAUGAGGCUAUUUACAUGCAAAAGGUGAUUUACUACCUCUGCAUAUUAUUGAAGGAUCCGAUGGAACCACACGGAAUAUCCCAAGUAGUACCUGUCUUCCAGAGUGCCAAGCCCCGGCUGGACUGCUUGACUGAAGUGUACAGGAGCUGCCAGGAGAUCCUGGCACACCAGAAAGCCACAUCAACAAGCCCCUGAGUCCCAGCAUACAGAAGGCCAGUAUUGUCUUCCAUGGGAGAUGAUUCCUAAGCCAUAGUGGCUGGUUAUUUUCUGUAUUCUAGACCACGAGCUGGACACAGUCCUAGAAACCAGUAUGGAUGCAGUGAAUCGAAGAGCUAUAGAGCGUGACUGGAAACCUAACUCAUUGUGUGAUGUUGAGCAAAGGAUUUAUGUGUAUUUGAGUGUUCCCCUUGUAAGGUUUUGCCUACUUUACCAACUGAGGGGAGAUCUUAAGAAAUGAUGUCAGAAGUACUGCUGACGAAGAGCACUUUGUGAAAUUCCUAAGCACAUUUAAGUUUACUAUUUGUUGAAAUUUGUGAAACAAGACAUGGGAAACUGACAUCAGCUCCCCUGAGAAAGUUAUCAUUUCCAACUGCAUACUCCUAUAUACAAGUGAAGAAAAAAAAAAGUCAGGCCCUCAGGUACUGGUUAGCAGGAAGAAAUGUCUUACAAAAGACUAGUCUCUGUCCACCUAGUUCCUGGUUGUGUACAGGGUUAAUUUAUGAUGACUAUCUUAAUAAACAGAUCUCCUUCCAAAGCAUACACAAUAAUUGCCUGGUUCACAGACAGCUGCUUUUUAUUGACAGACAUGAUCAUGGCAUUUCAGUUGUGGGUGUCAAGCACAUUAAUACUCUUCUGUUACUCAGCAUUGUCAAUAGUUUCAAACGAUUCUUGUGCCAAGAGAGAUAAGUCAAAAGAAAGAAAUUUGACUUUGUUUUCCAGUCAUGUUAAAAAUCAUGCAAACACGCAAGCUAUAAAAGCCUUUGUUCAUAAGGCAGUUUCUUCUGUAUAGAAUUAAUGAACUAAGGGAGGAUUCCUGCAGGAUUUGGAAAGGAAAGCAGGUGGGGAAAAUAGCUUGACCCCCAAAUUCAGUAUGAACACAGCUCCGUUUUUGCUUGCUUUUUCUUUGGAAUCUAAUUAUUUUUUAACUCCAGGGUAGGUAUUAUACUCAUUGUCUUUGAAACACUCAAGAUGUUAUAAAAUCAGAUCUGUAAUCCUUGUCUUUUACAUCAGUUCCAGAGGGGUUGCCCAGGAGCCUGAAGUACAUGUAACUUGUUUGAGGUAGAAAUGUCUGAGCUAGAUCCAAAUUCUGGGGCAACAGGAAGGAGCAGAAAUGGCUGAAAAAUUGCCAGCCUUAUAAAGUCAAGUUCAUUUUAAAAAGGCAGACACCAUGUGCUGCCUUUUUCGUCAUGCUUGUCUGUUGAAAGGGUGAGAGGAAGGUUGAGCAGCUGGGCUGUUCAGAUUAGUUGCAUUGCAGCCUUGCAGUUUUAGCAGUGUGUGCUACACACAUUGUUCACUGUUCGGGUGAAAGGCUUGGUCUGGGCUGCUAAUGCUAAACCCACAGUGUUCUGCACUUUAUUGACACAUGGUAACUAUGAAAUAAAACUCAGCAUCUCUGAUGUUGGAAAAUCAGAGUAUGAAUCAACUCUUUCGUCUUUUUUUCUGUUAGGGGAGGGUGGGGACAAAGACCAUCUCAUCUGUACUUGAUAGGUCUAAGUCUAUGAAACAAGGAUAUUGGUAUCAUCAGGAAGUGAAAAAAGCUUUCGCUUUCUUUCACCUGAUGCCCUUAGGCUACAACAGGUAUCACAUACGUGCUCACUGCCCUUGAACAUUCCCAGCAGAAGUCUGCCAGAAGUCUUGAGGAGAAAAUCCAGGCCUAUGAACCUGAAUGAAUCUCGUUUCUGAUUUAUCUUUGGUGGCCUUACAGAGCAGCAAAAAGCUGAGUGCAUCUGCUUGUUAUUUCAAAGGGCGGGGAAAUGGAUAUCGACCACUUUGUCGUACAGUAGCGAGCACAGUCUUCACUGAACCCUG